AUGCAAUGUCUGGGUUCGCCUACCAGGAGAGAAGUCGAUUCAGCCCACUCUAAGCAGCGUUGGUUAAGUAUUGGAACUCCAACCGUUCGCAACCUUUUCUUCAUUUCCAAGUCCAAGACCUUAUUAUGGCUGGUUCUGGGUGCUAGCUCAUUUCCUCUGCACAUGUUUUGGAACUCGACUGUCUUUGAAACAAAGUCUACAAACGACUACCUCGCUGUCACCGUCACAGAGGACUUUUUGCAAGGUUCACAAUGGACUAUCCCAGCGAAGUCUCACAAUAUCAAUGAGGAAUACGCAGAUGCUGAUGCUAAAGCUGCCCAGUACCACACUAUAAUUCACAACCUCCAGCAGGAAGCCAUUGCCAGCAAGUCGGGCAACUCUUCCAGUGGACUCGAGUUUCUCGACGUGGAAGAGUGUCUCCGCGCUUAUGACCAGGACAAGGUAUCAGACCGCCAACAUGUCCUUCUAGUCGUCGACAAUAAUGCCGCAGCUACCCUUGCGGUAGAGGGGGAGACUCCCACAAAUUCCUCAGUUCUAGCGAUCUACUACAAUGUUUUCUUCACAACCGGCGCACCUCUAUUUCUCUGGAUGUGCAAUUCCUCAACAAAUAACCUUGAUGUGAUGAAUGGGCGCGAAUGGUCUUGCGCAUCCGAUCUUCUCAAGUCUGGUGCCAACAACUGGAUCCCUGGUGGAGCUGGAACAAAUGGCGCAGUCCUUGGUUCUCAGAGAGACGCGCUGGUUCGCUACUGCUACUCUCAGCGAACACCUGAACAAUGCAAAGCCAACAUUGUCCCUCUCUUCUUGAUCGUCGUGAUCAUCUGCAACUCUAUUAAAAUCGCCUCUUUUCUAUACACCUUACGAAUCACAAAGAAGGACCAACCUCUGUGCACAACUGGCGAUGCGAUUCAAUCCUUUCUCAAACGUCCAGACCCAUACACACAAGGCCGUUGUCUUGUCGCCAAAUAUGAUUAUGAAAAGCUCGGGUCAGAAGAAUGGACGACUCGUGCACCCAAUGUCGGCGAUCUCUGGGCAGGAGGACGAUGGCGAUGGGGCAAAGCUGUCAACUGGUGGCAAUGGACGGUUUACAUGCUCUGCGUAUGCAGCGUCAUCAUUUUUGCCGGAUUCUACCUACCACCCUUUAAUAUGCCUAAUUUUAUUACGGUAUCCCAGUCCGCCAUUGCGACACUGGGCAUCGGUCAACCUCAUUCAACCUUAGCUGCUACCAAGGCCGGAGUCUCAAAUCUUCUCACUGGCUUCGUGUGUGCCAAUGCCCCGCAACUGAUCGUUUCAUAUAUCUACCUGGCACUCAACAACAUGAUGACUACCAUGCUUGCUAUGGCCGAAUGGGGUAGCUACACUGCUGGGCCUAGGAGCCAACCCAAGGCUCUCCGUGUCUCUUCUCCAGUGCCCAAUACCGAGCAGAAGUCAACUUAUACGCUCUCUGUUCCUCUGAAAUGGGGCAUACCAACGACCAUCUGUGUAACGGUUCUACACUGGCUGAUAUCUGAAAUGGUAUUCCUUGCUCGUAUCGAUGUGUACGACGUUAAUUCUCAUGGAUCCGGCACACCCACUUCCGUUACCGAUAUCUUUUACUCGCCACUGGCUAUGAUUAUCGCUGUAUCCCUCGGUUCUGCAAUGGUCGGUAUCCUUAUUAUAAUUGGAAUCUUCAAGAAAUACCCGGACUCUAUGCCGCUGGCAGGAUGUUGUAGCGCCAGUAUAGCUGCUGCUUGCCAACCUUCUCGAGUUCAUGGAAAUGCAAUGGGGAAUCAAGAGUAUCCCGAAGACCUGGUGUACAAGAAACUUCAAUGGGGCGUUGUGGAGACCCCUGAGGAGAAUAUGCCAUUGGGCAUUGGGCAUGCAACGUUCGCUGCUGAAGAUGUGAGUCCUUUGGUAGAAGGGAAAUUAUAUGCUUGA